AGUCCACUCACAUGCGCGCAAUGUCAAAGGUUCUGGCCGUUAUCUUCCUCGCAGGCGUCACGCUAUACUCGGAGGCCAGAGUGUCGGAAGCCCAAUGCAGGCAGAUGCCGUCCAAAAACAAACACUGCCAUUUGGAAUACGGGACUUGGCAGCGAGAAUCCGACCACGUCAUUAGAUACAUCUUCGACUGGGGCGGGCAGCGCUGCGUGGCGUGGCACUGGUGGACCGACCCGUCUCGCUGCUCCUUACCGGUCGACGAGAACAACUUUGCGACCGAGAGGGAAUGCCUCGCCGCCUGCACGGGCUGGGCGUAG